AUGCUCAGGGAGUUUGGGCCUGCGUUUCCUGAGAUUGUUGAAGCGUACGAAAGGUUCCCUAGAAAGAUCCUCCAGGUUGACUUCUUCCGUUACGUGGCAGUAUUCACCAGAGGUGGCACAUACACCGACACCGACACGCUCUCCGUGAGACCGCUGCCUGACUGGAUCACGUAUAACGAUACGAUAUUUGGCCGGAAAAACACUGUGGGUGCCGUUGCGGGCGUCGAGAUUGAAUGCGACUGUGACAAAUGGCCUGGCAUAAGCUCGAGAAGGGUCCAGCUGUGUCAGUGGACACUCCAGGCGAAGAAGCACCACCCUCUGUACGCGCAGCUCAUCGCGAACGUCAUCGACAUCAUGACCAAUCACUAUGACAAGAACAAGAAGAUUGCAACGAUAAACGGCAAGGACUAUGACUUCAACAGGGACAGUGCCACCUGGUACGACGGAAUCAUGGAACUCACCGGGCCUGGCAUGUUCACGCACUCCGUGUUCCAGUACAUCAACACUCUGGACGUUGUCAGCGUGACUACACCGAACAAUUACAAAGAGAUCUUCGCAGCCCUCAAGCACCCAUCUCCUUCAGACACCACUAUCAGUAUGAGGGACCCUCGCUGGCCCAAGUUUGGUUGGGAAAACGUCACCAAUAUAGUCGACCCUGUCCUUGUCAAUGACGACAUCCUCAUCCUACCUCGUCUCUACUUCAACGGCAAGAAGGACGAGAACCCGGAUGUUUGUCUGGUACAGCACAACUACCACGGCUCGUGGAAAGGCAGUGGCAAGGGUAUACUCGAUAACUAA